UGUUGUAGACUGAUUAGCUGAAGGCGUAAAUGUUUUUUCAGUUUAUUUAUCUGUUCUCUCUUGUAGUUCUCAUUUGAUCUCAGUUCUGAUGUCUGACAUUGCGACUUCAUUGCCGGUGUCUGCCACUUCUGGAGAGUUUACCAGUACGACGAGUAUAGACGAUGUAUUACCGAAUGCAUCCAGCGAAGAGCUGGGUAGUGAAGAGCAUUUCGAAGACUUGUAUGAACCACUUCCUGAACCAAUAACAGAAGCUCAUUUGAAGGAAAUAGCUUACACUUUAGGACUGAUAACUUUAAAUUGGCCAGAAGACGCUGUCACAAAUGUUGAGGAACGCAUACACUAUCCUCAGUCAUAUCGCCAGAAUAGUGACAAGGAAAAGUUGAUAUUAUGGUAUGCUGAAAACUUUCGAAGACAGUUUAAUUUUUAUUAUAAAGAUCGGAAACCACUGUUUCUGGCAGCGGAAAAUGAAUGUGGACUACAGAAAAUGGUCUGUACAUCCAUCAAGGUGAGCAAAGUACCAUAUCCUGAACUCUCAACAUGGAAAGGGUGUGCAGAUUUCAUCUCUGACCACUUGCAGUAUGAACCAUUGGACAAACCCACACAGCUGGUAAGUUUCACCUCCAAAUAUUCAAAUGAAAAUCUGAGUACAAAACUAUUUAUGAAACAAAUUAAAUGUGACAAUUUAAGGAAUAGACAUAAGUUGGAUAACUCUUGCAAUAUAUACUUCAUUUCCUGA